UAUAUGAACUACAAACGUUUUAACCUUCAAUGUAGUGACGUUUCGGGAGUGGAUAUUUACUAUUUAAUAAUUCAGAAAAACAGAAAAUUCUAAUACAAUCAAAGGAAGUAGAUUGUUAGCAAAAGGAUUAUGUUCUCAAAUUAUGACUGUAUUGAUAGUUUCAUUGUGUGUUUAUCUGUGCAGACAAACGGAACAAUUGCUGCUACAUAACCUAAAAGAAACGUUAUUAGCAUAAAUGAAUGAAUUAUUCACUAGAUUGUUUCGUACAGAUGCUAUAGCUAGAAACAAGUUGUAGCAUUCAAGGCACUGAGUUGACGUUUAAGUUGUUAAAUGCUAGAUCCAAAGCGCGUACAGUUUUCAACUAGCUGUCUCUGGCUGAGUUAGGGCUAAAAAUAACUAGUGUGUCUCUAGCGUGAGUGUGAGUGUGUGUGGGGCAAGGGAAUUCACUUCUCGCCUUGGUUAUUUAGUCUUAAUGGUUUAUUAUAUAUUGACUCCUAUAGAUUUAGUAAAUUCAUACAAUGCUGAUGUUUGUUAGUGUAAAAUGUUACUUCAAGACUGCUGGGACUUUAUGUGCAAGGAGAUGAGGAUUAACUAAUAGCAAGUAGACGCCAAUUUCCAGUGAGACGGCAAGAUGGUUGUGCCGGAGGCUUCCAUCAACAACAUCAUGGGCGGGCUGGAGAGCACGGGGGGAGUUCGCCUGCACAACCACAAGCGAAAGCUCAAGCAAAGGUUUGACAUAGUGAAGAAGCUGGGCCAAGGGACGUAUGGCAAGGUACAGCUGGGGAUUAAUAAAGAGACAGGACAAGAGGUUGCCAUUAAAACUAUAAAGAAAUGCAAAAUAGAGACAGAGGCAGAUCUAAUCAGGAUACGAAGAGAAAUCCAGAUCAUGUCUUCUGUCCAGCAUCCCAACAUUAUUCAUAUUUAUGAAGUGUUUGAGAACCGAGAGAAGAUGGUGUUGGUGAUGGAGUAUGCUGCGGGGGGUGAGCUCUACGACUUCCUGAGUGAGCGCAAGGUGCUGGCUGAGGAUGAAGCUAGGAGAAUCUUCAGGCAGAUUUCCACAGCCGUCUACUACUGCCAUAAGCACAAGAUUUGCCAUCGAGACUUGAAACUAGAAAACAUUCUGCUAGAUGAAAAUGGGAAUGCCAAGAUAGCUGACUUUGGGUUGUCGAACGUGUUUGAUGAGAGUCGACUGCUGGGUACAUUCUGUGGCAGUCCACUCUAUGCCAGCCCAGAGAUUGUCAAGGGCACACCCUACCAUGGUCCAGAGGUUGAUUGCUGGUCGCUAGGAGUGCUAUUGUACACUCUAGUAUAUGGAGCCAUGCCAUUCGACGGAUCAAACUUUAAGAGACUUGUCAGACAGAUCUCUCAGGGUGACUACUUUGAGCCCAAAAAAGCUUCUCCUGCCUCACCGCUCAUCAGAGACAUGCUGAACAUAAACGCUGGGCGGAGAGCAGACAUCACUGCGAUCUGUUCCCACUGGUGGAUAGAUGCUGGUCAAUCGGAGGCUUGCCUGGAGGUAGCGGAGGAGUUGGCCAACCAGACGCCGGUACGCCUGGACCUGCUGUUGUGUUUGGCUCCCAGUGGCGACAAUGACAAGAUGCUUCUAGCGGACCAGCCGCCAAUACAGGAGGCCACCGAUAGACCUCUGAGGUCUCAAUCUCUCAGUAGCCUCGCCACCGCUCAGGUACAACCUGACUUCUUACCAGAACCUGCAUCCAGUCAGAGCAGACGAGACACAGAAAGUAGGAGCAAGAGGAAAGAGGAAGGUGGAAGUGUUAAAAGAAAAGAAAGGUCGAGAAGUAGAAGAGAAAGGUCGAGUAGUAGAAGUAGAAGGGAUGAUUCUACUCCUGAACCUGAUUCUGUAUCAGAGAAACCCAAAAGGCGAUCUGUGAAGUCAAAGAAAAGCAGCAGUGAGGGUUUGGUAUUAGAACAGCCUAAAGAGGAAGUUCUCCAACCAAAGAUAGCAGAAGUUGAAGAAGACUUAGCAAAAUCCAGUGAAACGAUCCUCGCACCAACAACGCCAGUUGAUGAAGUUCCUAAAGCGAAAUCUCCUGUGCCUUCAGAUGAAGUUGUAAUAGAAGAGAUUAAAUCUGAGGAGCCAGAGACACCUUCAACUCCAGUACAUGAAGUUUUUAAACAGCCGUCUCCAUUGGCUUCCCCAGUACCAACAACCCCCACCACACCCACACAGCCUAUGGCUUUCUCACUACCUGCAGAGAAAAUAGAAGAUAAAACACCUGAAGAAGAAAAACCUACAAAGCCCAUGGAAAGAAGAAAAUCAAAAAUAUUUGAAACAGCUGAAAAAUUCAAUAAAAUAGGUACAGCUGAAGCCCAACCAAAACCUCAACCAAAGAAAAUGGUUUUACCUGGUGUAAAAGUAAGCGAUGCCAAGAAAGCAUAUGAAAGAAGGUCAUCAUUGGCAUCAUCAACUAACUUUAUUCGAGGUUCAGCUUCAAGAAAAAGUUUAUCAGGUGAAUCGAGUUUGUCUCCUCCAGCUGUUGAAGAUGCCAAGUUCUCCCUGGCAUCUUCAGUAGCAUUGAACAAACUGGUUGAGAAUGUGGAGAGGCUUUCUAAAAUGGAAGAUGAAAAAGAGAAGGAGAAGGAAAGUAGUGUAGAAACACCAACGGAAACAAAGGUACCAGAGCAACCUCCCAAACCAAGUCCUGAAAGAAUUAUUGAAGUAAAAAGAGAAGAACCAAAGGUUGAAGAAAGUGCCAAGCCUGAAGAAGAAACAAGGAAGAAAGUAAAAACAGCCAUUCAGGUUAUCGGUAAUGCCAUUACAGAAGGCAUUGGCGAGUCUAAAGCUGCCACAUUGCCAAGGAGACGGACAUCUAGAGCAGAGAUUAAACUGGCCAUGCCACCGACAAAACCAGCUGAGUUCCGCAGUGAGGUGGAGCACAUGGUUGGGUCACCAGUGGCUGUGCAAAGGUCAGAAGUUAAGUUUCCAGUAGCUGCACCUCAGUCCACCCCUCGAUCUGCUGGCAGACAGGGUAGCACGCCACGUGAGUAUAUUGUACCAAUACAACUGGAACAGGACACAGCUGUCAAGCCCCCGCCCCCUCCGUCUGCCUCGCAACGUCCUGUCAGUCGCACCAGUUCCAAGAGUUUGUCUCGACAAAGUACGCAGGACUCGGACCUGGGCAGCACGGCCAGUAUGGGAGAACCCAUCCGUAAGUCUCCCAGGGAGGUCAUCAUUCCCAUUGCCGUGGAAGGCGGAGGCUACGUCACGCCUAGUGCCGACACCAUCUCUCGCAUGAGUUCUUUGAAUGAGAGUGAGGAUGACUUGCCGAGAGGGUUCGGUUUGCACAGUUCUCGCAGACACAAUCGUCAGUUAGAGACUGCUGAUAGUGUGAGCUCAGACGAGGAUGAUGACAACUUUGAGAUCCUGACUGCUGAGAAUCUCUUCUCCACAUUGCUGUCCAGGGUGCGCAGCCUGACCCAGCGGCUUAACACAGAAGAGAGACCAUCAGCCUUCCCCCGAUUGUUCAACCACCAUCACUCCCUCUUUGACAUGCCCCCCAGUCGCAGGCUGUCAGAGGCCCGGUCGUUCGGGCGUGCAGACAAUGUGCCCUGGCGUCGCAGCACCAGCCGAGAGGGCUCACUGUUGCCACGAGAUGGGUCGGUUAAUAAAAUCGGAGCUCCACAACGAACUGGAUCCCUAAAAUCAUCAGGGAAGGACAAGCCUCCGCCAUAUCGGCCGGCAACGGUGCGUAACACUACUGACAGCUUGAGGCGUCAUCUUAACUCUACAAGUACAGCAGAACAGAUAGAGCAGGAGACUAUCACUACGAGCACUCCACCGGACCACACCCAUCAAGAGAGAAACACAAACGAAAUUGAAAGAAUAGAUGGAAAAUUAACUCCAAGCUACAAUUAUUCUAAUCGAGGUAUUCCGACUGCAGAAAUAAUUGGAUCUUCUGUGAAAAAGUACUCUAGAUCUGAGUCAAAAUCAGAAUCAGCAAAGAAGACUUCAAAACUACCACGAGUUUCCCCAAAAACGGUUCAGGAACAAAAGGGAGAGAAGAAAGAAGAAUUGAAAAGUUCACUGAAUACAAAUAAUGUUCAUGAGCCAGCUGUUCCACAAGGACAACCACGAAGAAAUUCUCUGGAGAGACCAUCAUUUUACAACUCACUCUACAAAACUGGAUCAAGAUCUUAUGGUAGCAGCAUGUCGAGGUCAAUGAAUCUUCCUCCAGACCAUUCUCUCAACGGAGACCUCUCUUCAGAUCCUUCUACCCCUACUAGGAGUGAUCACCUUACCAAACUUGACAAAUAUUUGUCAUCAAGAAUGGAUAAUGGGGAGAAUUCAACACCCGAGUAUGAUUUACACAAGGCUAGACCUUUCAGUACACUUGGACGAUCCUAUAGUGUAAAAGGACCAGUAGAAACAAAGCCCUAUGACAUCUUGAAAACAACCAAAAAGCCUAGUAUGGAAACAGAUAUUGAAGCCAAGUACAGUCGCAGUCCUAGCACCAUUGCUAGGGUUUCCAGUUUGAAAGAGAGUGAUAGAUUUUCCUCAAGGUUUCUCAGGCCAAAGUCAUUUUAUGGUGCCACUGACUUUAUGGAUUACCAAGGGCUACAGCCCAAACCUCCAACUGAAACCGUGAAACCAACUGUGGAUUUGCUUUCUGAGAGAAAAAGUGCCUUUGUGGGUAGACGAAGUCCAAGCUAUCAGAGAUCAAUAUCGCUUUUUGAAGGUAAAAAAGUUGAUGAAUAUAAUCGUUCUUUAAGUGUUACCCCAGAACGGUCUGUUCUAGGAAAGUUCUUGUCUGAUAAAAAGGUUGAAAAUGAGGUUGAGAAAUCAUCUAAAGGUGAUAGUAAUGAAAAGCCCAAAACUCGUAAAGUUUCUAGAUUUUUAAGGCCUGACUUUUAUGAUACACCAAAAGAAGAGAGUGUUUAUGUCAAGAAAGAAAAGGAUAAAACGUUGACAAAUCGCCCUAAGAAAUCUUCAAAAAAAUUGCAACAAGAGGAAUUGAAAAAUCAAGAAAAUAGAAUGAGUAUUGUUGAUAAAGCUAUUAAAUCACUAAAAGAAAAAACCUUGAGUAAAAAUGAUCAUGAAUUAAUGGCUCGAGAAUCAAAUCUUAUUAAAAGAGCUGUUUCUCUAGAAGACUGCUCUCUGAUCCCAGAAAGCAGGAACAGAAGAUCCUCAUCACUUACACCUCAGACAUACACCGAUAAAAAAUACAAUACAGAAAAAAUGUUUCAGAAAAAAAAAGUUGAAGACUUCAAAAAAAUUGUUGAUCACAAACUGAGCACGAAAAAUAGAGAAUUGACUGUGGAAAGUCCCCCGCAGAAGCAAGAUUCUAUAAUAAAGAAGUUGACUCGGAAAUUAAGUCCAAAAAACAAGGUGAAACAGAAAUUGUUGAACAAUAGUGAUGAACAGAGUGCUUGCAAUGGUUCUGUGAACACAGUGGAAAACAGUGUUGUGGAGGAUUCUGGAACAUCUGGUCAGGAUGCUCGCAGUCGCCUCAGUCGCAUUGCAGGACUCAAGCGAUUAGAGUUCACUCACCCGUUGCCAAGUGCUGACUCGACCCCAAGCAUGGAAGAGUCCAAGUUAAGUGGCGAAUUUGAUGAUUCUUCAUCGUUCCUCUCCCCCACAGAAGACUGCAGUGACACGUGGUCAGUGAGUUCUGAUUACGCAGAUGCCCGAGAGUUCGUUACCCCCACAAAUGAAGACUCUGUAAGUGAGAGAAUUCGUAGGAAAAGUUUUUAUUCCCGUUUUAAUCAGUCAAAACGCAAAAAGUCAUCGCAGUCCAGCCAGUUGAGUGGGUCCAGGUCUAGGCUGCCGAUGUACUCUAAGUCAAUGUCUUCUGAUUUUUCUAAUACAAAUCUGUCCAAACCAAUGAGGAAGAUUUCAGAUCCAGAGGCUCCUGUUGAUAAUUAGAGUGGAAACACGAUGUUCCCUCAGCAAUAACAAGAUUGAGCGAAUCUGUCAAUUAGUCUUGGAUACAACCUGCCAAUUCAGGCCUAAGUGACAUGUAACCUGUAUGUAGACUUUUUAGUAUGAAGAGGAAAUAUUUGGAACAAAUUAUAUUCUCUAUAACUUAAAAAAGCUUUUCAGUUUAUUAUUUGAUUUUACCCGUGUUGGAAAAAGCUGUGACAAUUCUAGUCAUAAGUUGUUGCCAAUGAGUUUAACUCAAAAGCAUUUUAAUUUUUGUAGACUAAUAAAAAAAAAUAAAAGUUUUAGUUCAACUUAGA